GCAAAUCUUUAUGGGGACUUCUUGACGGUUUUCUCUUUUGAGAAAUGAAAUAUUAGGAAUAGAAAAACCAGAUAUGAUAUGAGAGGAUUGUCAUGAGGACUGACUCCAUUUCAAUGAAACCGUAACAAAAAGAAACUCGACGAAAGAUGGAUUCACUAACGUGCUUCCUGUGGGUGCUCGCGAGCRUUACAAUUACCACAAACGCACAAGUUUUCCAGUAUUUCCUGGUAGACCAAAAAGGCGAGAAUGCCAAGGUACUAGACACAAUYAAGCUYCCRACAUGYACCCAUCUCGAUAUAAAAAAGGGCGUGACGCUACGACGAGGAAUCAACGCAGGGCAUUUUAAAAAGCUCGGGGUGGUGCGUGACAUGCAAACAUGUGUAGACGCCUGCUGUCACGAUUCAAAGUGUGACGUAGCUUUUAUGCCUGGUAACAUGUGUUAUUCAGUGAAGUGCUUCUCUGACGCUUCAUGCGAAAGUAUUCCUGCGAUUCCUUCCAUGGCGGCGAAUGGUAGCGUGCAAAUCUCGCAUAUUGUGAGGGGAGGAGGGCAAGGCGACAAUUUGGAAGAAUUUAAGAAGAACCAAGGCAUUGGAAAAUACGUAACAAAGAAGCUACAUCACUGUAUUCCCAGUAGAAUAGCUUAUAAUUACACACUAAAAGGUGGCAAAAACGCAGGCAAUGUGAAGGAGCUUGGUAAAGUAGGCAGUAUAUACGACUGUAUGGAUAAGUGCUGUGAAAGCGAUACCUGCGACGUGGCCUUCUUUCUGAAGCAGAAGUGUUACACAGUUGAGUGCUUCUCAGAGGAGUUGUGCCAAAGUGUUCCUAUCAGGAAUGCAAAAACAUUUAAUCCAACGAUUGUUUAUAUGAAUAAACGAGAUGAUGUAAGGCAGAAACACAAAGACUUCUGCAGCACCCCUUGUGUCMAUGGUCUGUGYACUGGUGAAGACCAUUGCCUAUGUGAUCGAGGCUAUGAUGGCAAAGACUGCAACUCCACAGCAACAAUAGGCUUUUGUGGUUUUAGUGGCUGUGGAGUUUAUGGACGCUGCUUACAUAAUGACACAUGUCACUGUUCUAUGGGGCACUAUGGCAAAGCAUGCAAUGAAAAAYUGACUUGCCAUCCUCCCUGCCAUAAUGGAGUGUGCAUCAACAACUCUACAGAAGCAAGAGAAUGUAAAUGUUAUAUUGGAUGGGAAGGAAAACACUGUAAUAUGUCWACAGGAGCUACAAUUGUUAGUUCAAAAGAUGGAGAGGAAGUCCUCUUUACCAAAAUGAGUGAAGAAACAGAUUUACAGAUUCAUGACCUCUCAGGAUCAAAYUCAGCYGARUCAAUCUCAGCCCUUGCAGUCGCAAUAGGCUGUGGUGUUGCUGCAGCAAUUGUCGGCACAGCAGCUGUUGCCCUGGUCGCAAGAAGAGUCCUGGAAAAUCCUGAAGGAUGGAAAUCAUUCAAGUAGUGAAGAUGUGUGUAUGACUUUGGUACUAGAGGAUGUAUCUAACAUCUAUUUAUAAUCAUUUAUAUUGUAUUUUUGCAUGGGAACUCAUUUUAUAAAGUCUAUCAAUUUUAAAGGUACAUUAUUAMUAUUUUUGAUAUGUUUUUCUAUCGAGACAAAUAAAUGAGAUUAAUAUUCAUUGACAAUAGAAUUCUUGCACUAUGGUAGAACACAGCUGAAACAUAUGUACGUAAUAACCAAAAGUUUUAUCAUAUAACUUGUUGUUUGCAAAAAGUAGGUGAACCCUUAAGCUGAGUUUCACGCAAGAGUGAAGUACCUCAAAGUUAUAACUUCGYUGAAGACAUUGAUAAAGUUUUAAAUUAGUUUGUAGUAUUGAUAAAAUGGUCACUAGACAUAUCACUAUCUGAAGCAGCGAUAACAAGGUAUUGUUUCUUUUGUAUUCAAUUCCAUAAUUGUGUACAGUGCAAAGACUGUUCCAGUUGAUUGUAGUCACUAGACAUAAGCACAAACAGAAGCAUAGCAAUAAAAAUGAGCAUCAACAUAAGAGAAAAAACUAUGAAAACAUAUUUGAAUUGAGCAUGCAUUAACAUUUAAUUUAACUUUUAUAAUCGCUUAYGAUUAUGCUAUGCUUAUGUCUAGUGAAAACCAGCCACUACUUAGAUAAAUAUGUAAGAUGUAGCUACUACUUAGAUAAAGACCUUUUAGUUAUAAGUAUUGACUAUAAAAAUCUAGAGGAAAGGCACACAAUUAAUGAAUUCAUCAAAGACUAAAUUACAAAUUUCUUGUAAUUUUGAUAGGUUAAUAAUCUUUAUAUUUCAUUGUAUUUAUUCCUUUAUUUAACAUGUAAAAUAUCUACAAAAAAUAAUAAUGAUAUCAAAGUAUAUCAGAGUAGACACAAGCUUAUAACUUAAAGACGUAAGAAAAGCAGUACUUUUAAGUACAGUGUAUUUCGUUUUGUCACAACAUGUUUAAAUUACAAGUAAGCUUAUUGUUCUGAAUAACAAUAAGGAAUUAGACCUUUUUUUGUCUUGUUUCUAUUCAAGUAGAAAAUUUUCAACAUCAAGACAUAGCAAUUUGCAGCAUCUAUAGCCACAAUGAUGGCUUUUAUAUGACAACAAUAAAGAAACUUUGAGCAAAAUUGUGGAAGAUAGAA